AUGUCAUUGAGCGACCAUCCCAAAGCAUAUGGCACGGCAGCCAUAGCCGUUGCCUUCACGGCCGGCAUCGUCGCUACCCUGGGCUUCAAAGAGCUGUAUCCCGAGCUGGAGUCCCGAUAUCAACAUAAAACAUUUCGGCGUAAACCCAGCAAUGUGCGAUCAACGGAUCCUCGAAGAAGCAGUUUCUUCUGGAUGGCACCGGUGCAGCUGGAAGAUCAUGAGCCGGCGCCAUCGUCAUCUCGUGCCCCGGAGAUUGCAUCCAACGGCAUUGAAGGAUGUAUCGGCAACACGCCCCUCAUCGAGAUCCCUUCUCUUUCUCAAGCUACCGGCCGCAUCAUUCUUGCCAAGGCCGAGUUUCUCAACGGUGCAGGCAACAGCCCCAAGGAUCGAGUAGCGCUUAAUAUGAUUUUGGAGGCUGAGAAACAGGGACUCUUGACGCCUCAUCAAGGCGACACCAUCUAUGAGGGAACAGUAGGCAGCACGGGCAUUUCUCUUGCGACUCUGGCCCGCGCAAAGGGAUACAAAGCCCAUAUUUGCAUGCCUGAUGACCAAGCCUUUGAAAAAUCAGACCUUUUGAUUCACCUGGGCGCGACCGUUGAGAGAGUUGCUGUCGCACCUAUUACCAGCCCCGAUCACUUUGUGAACCUGGCCCGAAGGCGCGCCAUUGAGCAUACGCAAUCAUCCACAGAUGGCAGCAAAGGCUUCUUUGCGAACCAAUUCGAAACCGAGUCCAACUGGCAAGCCCAUGCCGUCAGCACAGGCCCGGAGAUCUACCAGCAGACAGAUGGUAAUCUCGACGCAUUCGUUGCUGGUGCCGGAACAGGUGGCACGAUAUCAGGAGUGGCGAGGUACUUGAAGCUGGAUGCAAAGAUGAGCAAUCUCAAGGUCGUUCUGGCAGAUCCCCAGGGAAGCGGGCUGUACAACAAGAUCAAGCACGGCGUCAUGUAUUCGUCUACUGAGAAGGAGGGCACCCGGCGGAGACAGCAAGUUGACACAAUGGUGGAAGGAAUCGGUAUUAACCGGGUGACGAACAAUUUUGAAAUCGGCAGAGAUUUGCUCGACGAUGCCGUCAAAGUGACGGACGAUCAAGCUUGUCGCAUGGCUAGGUGGCUUGUCGAAAAUGACGGCAUCUUUGUGGGCAGCAGCAGCUCCGUCAACUGUGUUGCAGCUGUUGUCACCGCAAUGAGGCUUCCUCCUGGAAGCAGGGUCGUCACUCUGCUGUGCGAUUCUGGUACUCGGCAUUUGAGCAAGUUCUGGAAGAAUAUCAAAGAAAUGGGCCUGGAGGAAGAGGAGGCCACGGAUCUCUUUACUGAGUUGGGAAUAUCAGAAUAA